AUGAGAGCUGUCCGGUUUCAUGGAGCCCGCGACAUCAGGGUCGACCAGAUCGACGAGCCCGUUUGUGGAGAUGAUGAUGUUAAGAUCCGUCCUGCCUUUGUCGGGAUCUGCGGGAGUGAUCUGCACGAAUACCUCGCAGGCCCGAUCGUGAUCCCGAUGAAACCCCACGUCCUGACAGGCGGCCAGCUGCCCGUGACCCUAGGCCACGAGUUCAGUGGUACGAUCGAGGAGGUAGGGAAAGGUGUCACGGGUCUCAAGGUCGGGGAUCGGGUGGCUGUUAGACCUAAUCUGUCUGAUGGGACUUGUGCGUCGUGCUCGUAUGGCCGGCCGAACUGCUGUCGGAGUCUUGGGUUUAUUGGGUUUAGUAGUAACGCGGGAGGUCUAUCAGAUCAUGUCGCUGUUCCAGCGAAGCAUGCUAUCCCAUUACCGGACAGCGUCCCUCUUGAUCUUGGUGCGGUCGUCGAACCUCUCACAGUAGCCUGGCACGCCGUAGACCGCAGCCCAGUGGAAACAGCCAAAGCCGCACUCGUGGUCGGCGGCGGUCCCAUCGGGCUCGCAAUCGUGCAAGUCCUAAAAGCACGAGGCGUCCAAACCGUCGCCGUCGCCGAAGUCUCCGAUCAGCGCCGCGAGUAUGCCCUGACCCUCGGCGCGACUCACGUAUUCAACCCUCUCACAGACGAUGUCGUUGCCAAAAUCCGCGGGUUGACGGGCGACGCAGGAGCCGAUAUCAGCUUUGAGUGUUCUGGCGUCCAAGCAGGGUUUGAUACAGCGAUGAAGGCGAUCCGGGUGCGGGGGACAACGACGAUCGUGUCGCUGUGGGAUAAGAGUCCCGCUAUUGAUGCAUUUGAUGUUGUUUCGUAUGAGAAACAUGUCAUUGGCGCGGCGAUUUGCGAGGAUGGUGAUUUUGAGGCUGUUAUUGAUGCUAUUGCGUCGGGAAAACUCAACCCCCGCCCCAUGAUCACCAGCAAGAUCCGGAUGGAGGAGGUCGAAGAAAAAGGGUUCAAGGCCCUCGUGGACGAGAAGGACAAGCACGUUAAGAUUUUAAUCGACAUUGCCGCGUGA